ACUGGAACCAGAAGGGACAGACUGGCACCAACAGGGAACACAGAUUGGCACCAGUAAGGACUGACUGACACCAGUAAGGAGGACAGACUGGCACCAGUAAGGAGGGCAGAGUGGCACCAGCAAAGAAUGCAGACAGGCACCAGUGUGGAGGACUGACUGGAAUACAGAUUGGAACCAGCAGGAGGAUGGCACCGACGGGGCACGUGCACACCGAGAGCCUGGGCGUGGGCAAGGCCAUCGCCGUCCUCACCUCCGGGGGGGACGCCCAGGGGAUGAACGCGGCCGUGCGGGCAGUGGUGCGGGUGGGCAUCUACACCGGUGCCAAGGUCUUCUUCGUCUACGAGGGCUACCAGGGGCUGGUGGAUGGAGGGGAUCACAUCCAGGAGGCCACGUGGGAGAGCGUGUCCAUGAUGCUGCAGCUGGGUGGCACCGUCAUCGGCAGCGCGCGCUGCCAGGACUUCCGGACGCGCGAGGGGCGGCUGAAGGCGGCGCGGAACCUGGUGAAGCGCGGCAUCACCAACCUCUGCGUCAUCGGCGGCGACGGCAGCCUCACCGGGGCCGACACCUUCCGCGCUGAGUGGAGCGGCCUCCUGGCUGACCUGCUCAAGGCGGGUACGUGGGCACCCCCUGGCACCAUCCUUGGGGG